ACAGCAGAAUAAUUCUCUCCGCUACACGAGCACACCACACUAUGGGACUGUUCAUUGGUCAUAAAAGGAACACUCAAAUCACAUCUGUCAAAUCGUUCGCCAUCAAACCGUACCGCUACCUUCCAUUCGCUUUGUAUUUCGCUGUACGUCAUUCGCGUCGGAUCGCAUUUAUUUAUCUGGCUUCUGGCUUGCACGAUAGUUUUUCUUCAAUUUUAAUGCGUACGCAAUACAAAAUUUCUAACGCCUUGUGUCGUGUACUAGCAAUAAGUGUAAUGUGAUGCUGUUUUUCCACGCCCUGUGUUCUCUAGUGUAGCUAGUUUUACUAAUUUGUGUGCUCCAGCGGCGUAGUGCUUGUUGUCGGGUGUUGUGGGUGGGUACGCAGCAAAAGACGGGCGGCAAAAAGGAGAUGCCGAAGAUGGCCGCCACUGCCGCGAUCGUAAGCAAUUGAUGUUUGUCCAAGCAAAGAAUAAUGUGAAGCGGUACUGCAAACCAAAUUUUUUUGAUAGAAGAUAACUGCUUCCAGUGUUUCUAGUGGAUUGAAGCGUGAACGCAAAUUAUACCGGAUCGAUUGAGCUUGUUGUGUUUGCUGUAGUAGUGCGCUAGUGCAAAGUGAUCGUGAGAAAAGGUGAAUUACAGUGCGUUGCCUUUUUGGUGAUAAAGAAAGGUGCAAAUCCUUCGUGUUAAAAAAAGCUAUUAAAAAAGUGUACCUAAUAUUAGUAUCGUGAUGAGUGGAUAAUUGAAGAACAAUGCUGUUUCAGUUACGAAUCCCUCGCAGGUUCUAGUGUGUGCGUGCGUGCGUGUAUCUGUGUUUACGUAUAUGUUUGUAUUCAGCAUCCUCGAACGAGCCAGCUAUGACGAGAUGGGCAAGGUCAAGCUAUGUAACAGUAGGGAUCCCCUCCGGCCGACCAUUUCGUCCUGUAGGCGGAAGAUACCUGCUCAGACGGAACCAGCGAUCAUCACCGCCCGAUCAAUCACUGAUUUGCAACGAAUUCGACGUCCCAGUGUGGCGCAAACCACGCAAAAAUCAUCCUGCUGUACUGUGCUUUCAACACUGUUGCUAGUACAUUUUAUCGCAGUAGGACUAUUUAACACUAAUCAAGGAGUAAACGCAUCCACAGCAACCGCUGCAGGGCCACUAGUAGCACCGGAACACUACAGUCUACCUACUGGCUCAGACGCGUCCAGUUCCAUUUUGUUGCUCUUCACGACAUAUUACGAUCUGCGUGUGCUUAACGUAUCUGUACAGCCGGACACGAAUGCGCUCACCUACACGAUGGAUGUCCUGCUCCAAGAUCUCAACGAAGCAUCGGCAAUGGACUUUUAUCACGCGCGAGGACUCGUUUGCUGGACAGAAAACACGCUCGAGGUGAUUCAGUGUGGUCGCACGAACGGUACGCUGAACGUGACGAGCAAGACGACUGUGAUAACGGACGGGUUGGACAAACCCGAAGGCCUUGCGAUCGAUUGGUAUACGGACAAGCUCUACUGGACGGAUGGCGAAUCGAACCGUAUAGAGGUGGCACAACUCGAACCACUAGGCAGUAGCGCUGGUGAUACUGCCGGUCGGCAGCUUAAUGCACGGCUGCAGAAGGUGUUAAUAUGGAGCGAUCUCGAUCAACCGCGAGCGAUCGCGCUUAUGCCCGCCCGUCGGUACAUGAUUUGGACGGAUUGGGGCGAAAGUCCGAAGAUUGAACGUGCCAGCAUGGAUGGUGACCCGCAGAGUCGUACAGUGCUGGUAAACGAUCGCAUUUUCUGGCCCAAUGGGCUGGCAGUUGAUUUGGAGCAGGAGCUGAUCUAUUGGGUUGAUGGCAAUCAGCGCUUCCUGGACGUGAUGGAUCUGGAUGGUGGCAAUCGACGGACGCUUGUACGAAACCUUGACUACCCAUACAGUCUAACGUUAACGGCGAAUUUCCUGUUCUGGACGGACUGGAAAGAUGGUACGCUACACUACUACGACAUUCAGCACGAUCGGCACAAAGAGUUGUUGCGCAAGACGGAAGUACCGAUUACGGUGCAUGCUUGGGAUGGACGAUUACAGCCAGAAGCGGUAACCGAUUUGGCUAAUCCUUGUCGACGCAACAAUGGGAACUGUUCCCAUCUCUGUCUACUAUCGACGGUAGCACCGGCAGGAUAUAGUUGUGCCUGCCCGACCGGAAUAAAAUUGCUAACCGAAACAAAGUGUGCCGAUGGGCCGCAGGAAAUGUUGUUCGUGGUGCAACGUUCGCACAUUAAUCGGAUAUCGCUUGAUUCACCGGACUAUUCGAUUGUACCACUGCCUGCUGGUAAGCUGCGCUACGCCAUCGCUAUCGACUACGAUCCGGUAGAAAAUUACGUGUAUUGGUCCGAUAAGGAGGAGAGUGCAAUAAAGCGAGCCCGGGCAGAUGGUAUGGGUGGCCCGGCAGAGGAAGUCGUUACUGCUGAAAUACAGGCACCGGACGGGCUCGCGAUCGAUUGGUUGGCACGCAAUCUUUACUGGACGGAUACCGGCACGGAUCGGAUACAGGUAUGCCGUCUCAAUGGUUCCUUCCGGCGUGUGCUCAUCUAUGACAAUUUGGUAGAACCGCGUGCGAUCGCACUAGCACCGACACUCGGCUGGAUGUUCUGGAGUGAUUGGGGCGCAAAGGAACCAAAGAUCGAGCGUGCCUCACUUGAUGGAACCGAGCGGGUACUGAUCGUGUCGCAAAACCUGAUCUGGCCGAAUGGAAUUGCAUUGGAUGUGGCCGCACGCAAGAUCUACUGGUGUGAUGCAAAAGCGGACACGAUCGAGGUAGCAAAUAUGGACGGUUCGGGACGCAACACGAUCCUGUCCGACAAUCUACCACACGUGUUUGGGUUAAGCCUUCUCGGGGAUUAUCUCUACUGGACGGAUUGGCAGCGAAGAUCGAUUGACCGUGCGCACAAGCUAACUGGUGCCGACCGUACGACAAUCGGCGAAAACAUUGCCGAGCUGAUGGGACUGAAGGUGACGCGUUUGCACGAGGUACAGGGAACGAAUCCGUGCGCCGUUGGCAAUGGUGGCUGUUCGCAACUUUGUUUGAACCGGCCGCGCGAUUACGUUUGUCGCUGCCAGCUUGACUACGAGCUGGGACGUGACAAUCGGACGUGCCUGGUGCCGGCUGCCUUCCUGCUAUUUUCCAACCAUGGCAGCAUUGGGCGGCUUUCGAUCGACAGCCAUAACCAUGCGGACUAUGCACCGUUCCGGAAUGUAGUCGAUGCGCAUUACCUUGACGUAGACAUAGCGGACAGGCGCAUUUACUGGGUGAGCCAGAAGCAGAAGUAUAUUUCGCGUGCGUACAUUAAUGGUUCGGAUGUGCAGCGUAUCGUGGAGACCGGACUGAUGCAACCGGAAGGUAUUGCGGUCGAUUGGUUGGCACAUAACGUUUACUGGACGGAUGCGGAAGCGCGCCGUAUCGAGGUAGCCCGGUUGGAUGGCAGUAGUCGACGAAUUCUCAUCUGGAAGGGGAUAGAGGAGCCAAAAAAUCUGAUCCUGGAACCGCGCAAAGGUCUCAUGUACUGGACGGAAUGGCCAUCGGAUUCGAUCCGCCGGGCGGCAAUGGAUGGAGGCGAUCUGUUGACGAUCAUAUCCGGUGCUAAUCAUGCGAUCGGUUUAACGCUCGAUCCGGAUACGCGUCGUCUCUAUUGGGCACGGCAAAGUUCACCCACCGGCAUCGAAAGUGCUGAUUGGGAUGGGAAACGAAGGACGCGCCUGGUAAUGCCGGAUAACGCUGAUAGCAAUCGGUUCGUCCCCGUUGCACUGACAAUUUAUCAGGAUUGGGUGUACUGGGCUGAUUGGACCGCGGAUGAGAUUGGACGUGCGAACAAGACAUCCGGUGACAAUCGGACGAUCGUCCACUCAAACCUGAAGUAUACAUACGCAUUACUUGCCUUUCACACCGGCCGUCAGUCGGGUUCGAAUCAGUGCCGUACCAAUAAUGGUGGAUGCACGCAUCUGUGUCUAGCGCAAGGCCAACGGAAGAUGACGUGCGCCUGUCCGACGCACUACACACUGAACGCAAAUCGAGUUUCUUGCAGUCCACCACGCAACUACAUCAUCUUUAGUCAACGAAAUUCGUUUGGACGCUUCGUACCGAAUACGGCCGAUUCGCCAGACAUCCCGCUACCAGUUACGGGCAAAAACAUACGGGCCGUUGAGUAUGAUGUAUCGACGCGACAUAUUUAUUGGAUUGAUGGUCGUGGUCCAAUAAUUAGACGUGCUUUCGAUAAUGGUACCAACGCGAAAGUGUCGAUCAAUCCGACAUCCUCACCGUUCGACAUGGCAAUAGAUCCGAUCGGUCGAUUGCUCUUCUGGAGUUGUUCGCACACCAACACCAUUAAUAUUACAACACUGGAUGGCAAUAUUGUUAGCAUCGGAAAUGUGGAUAUUGGACGUUCGGAGAAACCACGCAGCCUAGCUCUACAUCCAAUGAAGCGACUGUUGUUCUGGACGGACGUUGGAUCGGCACAGUCGAUUACGCGCGCCAAACUGGACGGUUCGCAGCGUGUCGAACUGAUCACGAAGCUGGAAGGCAUACAGGCGCUGGCGCUUGAUCCACAGCUCAAUCGAUUGUUUUACGCGCACGGCAAGCGCAUUGACACAAUGGAUAUUAAUGGACAGGACGUACGAACUCUGGUUGCGGAACACAUCAGUAUGGUAUCGUCGAUUGCAGCGCUCGACGGUUUCAUUUACUGGCUAGAUGAGCGUCCGAUGAUGGAACGCAUUUCGAUACAGGGUGAUAAUCGACGAGUGGAGAUUCAUAAGAAUUCACACAUGACGGAUAUUGUCGCGGUAUGGACGCCGGAUGAGCGUAUGCUUCGUAAUCACACGUGUAAAACGGCCCGGGCGGAAUGUAGUCACAUCUGCAUUGGUUCACCGGAUGAUGCACCAACCGAACACGUGUGCGCCUGUCCGCAAGGAUUGAUGCUGUUGAAAGAUCGACGCAGCUGCGGUGAACAACCGAUUUGUGGACCGGAUCACUUCACUUGUGCCGCACCGAGUGAGUUAGCGGAUCGGGAUGGUAACAAGGAAUGUAUCCCUUCGUCUUGGCGCUGUGACGGGCAGAAGGACUGUCCGGACCGUUCGGAUGAGAUGGAUUGUCCGACCUGCCGUGGUGAUCAGUUUAAAUGUCAAUCGGGCGAAUGUAUCGACAAGCAUUUGGUUUGUGACGGAACGACCCAAUGUUUGGAUGGGUACGAUGAGGCGGUUUGUUGUAAGAACCCGGAAGAUUUCCAGUGCCCGACGAGCAAAGUAUGUAUCUCGUUCCACAACGUGUGCGAUGGCGAUGAGCAUUGUGCGAAAGGUGAAGAUGAAGCACCGGAAAUAUGCAACGAGUACGGCAAUCGACGGAUGGCACCGAGUUCAAGCAAGAUCACACUACUGAUCGUCGUGGUGACGGCGGUAGCGGUCGUAUUUCUCGUAGUGUAUUUGCUGCAGACAUUCCGCACCCGGUUCGGUACGGGUGGUGGCGGUCUCGAGCCAAAGGAAUGUGAUCAGGCAGCGGCCCCACUUUCACCGGGUGGUCUGAACAAGAAUAUUCGCGUCUCGAAGCUAGCCUCCGUAGCGGAUGCAGUACGUAUGUCCACGCUUAAUAGCCGGGCAAGUGGUGGUAGUUAUGACCGCAACCACAUCACUGGUGCUAGCAGCUCUACCACCAACGGUAGUAGCUUAAUCGGUUAUCCGCUUAAUCCACCACCAUCGCCUGCAACUACGGCCGGGUCGACGGGACGCUACUGUAACAGCAGCUACCAUCCGUACAAACACUACAAGAUCAUCAAUCAACCACCACCACCAACGCCUUGCUCGACCGAUGCCUGCGAUGAGAGUGAUUCGAACUAUACUAGCAAGAGCAACCGCAGCCAGCGCUGCGGUGGUGGACACGGUUCCGGUACAACGGGCGGAGGUACGAGCAGUUCGGUGGGUAGUGGUAGUGGACGCCACGGACACGAUGGUCGCGGUUCGCUGCAGGGCAAGUACAAGGAACGAUGCUACGAUCCGGAACCAUAUCCACCACCUCCGACGCCCCGAUCGCACUAUCACAGUGAUAUUGGUGGUAUGUUGCCCGAAAGCUGUCCACCAUCGCCGAGCUCCCGCAGUUCGACCUAUUUUUCGCCACUUCCACCACCGCCCUCACCGGUACCUUCGCCGUCGAGGGGGUUUUCGUAGCAGCUAAAGAACGGAGACGACGUCGAUGACGAGGAAGACGAGCAAGAAGAAGAUGAGGACGAAGCAGAGUACGGUGAUGGGUUGUUUCCAGCUAUUGAACAGGAACCCAUCGCCAGAAGAUAGGAUCGUUUGCAUCAUCUUCCGUGUGUGCCAUUCAAUGCCAAUCGUCUAUUACAUUUACUUCCCGCCAGUACGGGACGUCGUCUCCAGAUAGUUUUGUAAGAUUUGUACACUAUAGCUAGGAGCUGUUAAAGAUUAAGUAAUGAAGCAAAUGUAUCGUUCCACCUUCCCUUCAUCGCCUUUCCUCGCCCCACGUAACAAGAAUGCCAACAGAAAGUGCCUCCAAAAUGCCUGCUAGGGAGUAAACUAAUUAAGUAAGCCAUUGCCAAAAGAUGUGUGUUGCUUUAGCUUUACAACCUUGACAACACUCGUCUAAACGGGGGAGAAGGGUGGUUAGGUGUUCAUCCCCAUUUUGUAUAUACCGUAUCUAUGUUCAUAUCCAUCCAGCAGUAAUUAACAUUAGUGGAAGAUCAAGUCCGUCUCGUCUUACUUUGGAACUUUUUCCCGUUUGCUCACACGUCUGCUUAUCGAAUUCAGUCUUCCAGUGGUGUGCCUAGAAAAUUAAUUAGAAAAAACAACCGGUCCUAGCAUACCAACCGAGCGAGCUUAGAGAACGAGGAUCUGUUUUAUGAUCGAUACCGCAAAAAAAAACAACUCCAGUACGGAAAGGGUAGCGGGAAAAGCGAGAUUCCCAGUGAGAUACAUUAUGGUUUGUUAGCUGUUUUGCUCAAUAAGACUGACUUAGCCUUCUUUUACGCGAAGGGCAUUCUCCUGUUAAAUAUAUCCUUCCCUGUGUGACGGUAGCGCGUUUGUUUUUCCCGAUCUUCCCGGCUAAGGAGUAUAUCUGCCUCCAUAAGGCAACGUUAAAUUCUUCCAAGGAAUAAAGUAAAUGACUGUUGUGUUGCGCGCGGCACUCACUGAACGAUAUUAGAGAAUGAUUAGUGUAAUAUGACCGAUCAUGGAGCGUACCGUGAUGUAUAUAAAGCAGGAAGAUGCCUUAAUGCAUUUUAAAUGAAAUUGUUAGAAAAAAAAAACAAUUAACACAUUGCGUACAUUUUUGAAGCAUUUUUAGAGAAUAUAUCGUGUUAGGGAAGUGUAAGUUCAUCGUUUAGCCUUCUACUUGCUGUUUGUCGUUUUAAGUAUUCACACCAAUUCUGUCCUGUACAUAUUGUACGAAUCGAUAACGGAAGAAAUUAACAAAACAAAUCAUCACCAUCUAAUAAAAACAAAGAUAGGAAUGAAAA